GCCUCCGUUACAAUCAAAGAUAACGAUGGUACAUACGUACGACAGGGAUCGUAGUUACGUAUGUAUGAUAAGCGAGACGCAUAUAUAUGUACGAAUAAUAAUCAGUACGUAUCUUAUUCUGUAUUGUGCAUAAAUCUUUCUUUCAGCUGGAGAGGUUGAGGUCGCUGCAGCUUCUGUGGGUAUCACUGAAGGUGGAGCAGCCGGCUCAGUGUGUGUGGUAUUGACGGGAACAACUGGCUCUCCUACUGAACUUGUUAAUCCUCUUGCAGUCACUGUGGCGUCUGUGCUGAAUGCCGAUGCAGGAGCUGUUGACUUUUUUCUGGGUGCGUCUGUCACCAUUCCUGCCGGAACAUCGCUUCCGACUGAUGGCUCUCAUUGUGUGGCAGUGAACGGAACGGAAGAUACCUUAUUGGAGGGAGAUGAAGCAUUUGACGCUAUGAUCAAUGGGACAGACCAAAGUGCUGUCGUUUCCGUUGGAGCAUCAGACACUGCCACCGUUACAAUCACUGAUAACGAUGCCGGGGAGGUUGAGGUCGCUGCAGCUUCUGUGGGUAUCACUGAAGGUGGAGCAGCCGGCUCAGUGUGUGUGCUAUUGACGGGAACAACUGGCUCUCCUACUGAACUUUCUAAUCCUCUUGCUGUCUCUGUGGAAUCUGUGCUGAAUGCCGAUGCAGGAGCUGGUGACUUUUCUCUGGGUGCGUCUGUCACCAUUCCUGCCGGAACAACGCUUCCGACUGAUGGCUCUCAUUGUGUGGCAGUGAGCGGAACGGAAGAUACCUUUUUGGAGGGAGAUGAAGCAUUUGACGCUAUGAUCACUGGGACAGACCAAAGUGCCGUCGUUUCUGUUGGAGCAUCAGACUCUGCCACCGUUACCAUCACUGAUAAUGAUGGUGCGUAC